CGCUUAGUGUGAACCUGGCCCGGGCCAAGUCCUGUCUCCCGUCCCGCCCGGCCCUCGACACACGCCACCACACCACAACAACAUGUCUCGAAGGAAACAGCGCAACCCAAAGCACCUCAAGCGUACGUUUACGGAAGCGUUUGACAACAGUGGUUCCCUGCCGGGCUGCCUGCAGAUAGAAGAGAAGGAUGGGCACGUGUCUCUGACCGCUCGGGAUGAACUUCCCGACGGUACAAGAUGGGGGCCAUACGGCGGCGUGGUCAUAGCAGGGGAGGAAAAGGACGAGCAGAAGGGACUCAAGGUCCCUUGUGAGGAUGGAGAAGGCUGUACUGUUGUGCUUGGGGAUCCGUCACACUGGUUACUCAUGUUAACUCCAGCAAGCAGCUCUGAGGAACACAACACCACCAUCUGUACACAGGCUGGCAGUAUCUGGUGUGUUGUGACCAGGACGGUCGCCCCCGGUGAGGCUCUCCAGGUUCACGGUCUUCAGGAGGCUGACUUCCCGCAGGAGGAGACUAGCCAGGACGUCACGGAUGACCAGGAGCCCGCUGGUUACCAUGGCGACUAUCAAGAAGAUGUUUCCUCACCUGAAGAACAGGAUGCUAAGAGCUUCAAAGUUGCCAAAUCAGAGUCCCAGGACACUCCAGGCUCUACAGACAACCUGGAUACAGAUGGGAUGAAGGGAAGUGACGACAACACAGAUGAACCCCCAAACUUACCUCAACAUGAUAACACCAGUGACGGACCAGACAAUGACAUGAGUCCAGGAGCUUCACUUCUCCAAGCAGGGUCUUCCUCAGGUAUACAGGGUGAGCAUGGGCUUGAUGGCAUGGACAUGCAGGAUGCCAAACAACAACUCAUACUUGCAUGGAAAAUGUCGAAUGAAGGCAAGGUGGGUGUGUAUGACUGUGAAGACUGUGGGAUAGUCUACCGCAACAUGGACAACCUAAAGGCUCACAAGACGUACUACUGCCCCGGCACUCAGCGACACCAGCCCCCCAUGCGUAGCAGGGUCCUGCCAUCCGUACUGGCCACAGUGGCUCAGUGUCCAGUCUGCCACAAAACCUUCUCCAACGCCGGGCUCCUACAAGUUCACAUGCUCACCCACACCUUCACCUGCCCACUCUGCAUGGCUGCGUUUCUCAAUAAAGUUCAGCUUCAGCAGCAUCUAGAACUCGAACAUUCCUGCAGCAGUGUGCAAGGCGAUGCGAAGACGAGUCCUGAGCUGCUGUCGCCAGCCGAGCUAAGUCCACGGCCUCCGCCGCCCGUCGACGGCCCUAAAGAGGGGGCGUUUGUGUGCAAGGUGUGCUGGCACGUGGCACAAGAUCAGGACAGCCUGACCCAGCACAUGACCAGCCACAUCGGGCAGGCCACGGUGGAGUGCAGUCGAUGCCAGGUCACUCUGAGUGGGCCUGCAGAGCUGCUGUGGCACAGGCAAUUCCACACCCAGUCCCCGGUGUCCAGCGACGAAGGCACGCCGCGCUCCCUCUCAAGACCGACAAGCGCAAGGUCCGAGCACGGAUCAUCUCCCAACGUCAUGAAAGACCAGGUGCUGAAAACUGCCAUAAAGAAAGAGCCAGGACUCGAGGAGCCCUGCCCCGAACAGCUGGUCGUCAAAACAAACAGUCCAAGAAGACGAGAUAAAAUGCCACUGAGCCCGCAAGCGGGAGUAGCCCUUGUGUAUAGGUGUCCUCUGUGCCAAUAUGUAGCCAAUUCUGCAGCAAGUGUGAACAGGCACCUUAAAAUGCACGCUGACCCGGGCGCUACCCCUAACACCAUCGUAACGCCAUCCGACAAGCAAGCAAGUCUUCCCCAGAGUUCCCUCUCCCCGUCCCAAACUCUGAACAAGGGUGGUGCGGACCACCCUGAAGGUACGUACUGCUUAGACUGUAGCAUCAAAUUCACCUCCAUCAACAACUACUUUGUUCACAAGAAGUACUACUGCUCGACGCGGCACCUCAGCAAGUAUGGCAGGGGCAGCGCGCCGCCCUUCAUGACGGAGUCUCCGCUCUACGGCAGCGCGCAACAGGACUACAGCUCUCCCCUACCCUCCCGAGCCCCAGCUACGAGCGCCAUACCGGUACCAACCAUCGCUGCAGGCGGUUUGCUGAACCUCCCAGCACUGAGAAGAGACGUGGUCUCCCCGUCGGCGGUUGAACCGACACUGAAAUCUGACGAGGCCGAACCUCCUCCUCCCAGCUGUCACUAUUGCAUAGAGUGCGAGAUAUCGUUUAACAAGUACGAGAACUUUGCAGUGCACAAGCAGUACUACUGUGCCAGCAGGAGAGCAGGGGUCGAGAAGAGGCAGGAGUGUGUCCAACCCGCCAACUGUACCAUCGUUCGGUUGUCCACAGACGAAAGACUAAUACGAGGACCAGGGGUGGUCAGGGCUGUACCAAACACAGCCAUGGCUUACUGUGGUGUGCCAAACAGCAAUAAUGCUGCCUCAGUUGCUGUCCAGACAGAGACACAGCAAGAGGAGCCUGACACCAGCACAGUAGACACAGACAACAAACCAACACCUGUGGCCAGUCCACAAACAAGCCCACAAUCUGCCACCAAAGAUUCCGUCCCAACUUCAGAAACGCAAAGCCCAAGUCAACCAAACCCUCCAGAUAACAAUCAGGAAAAUGUGUUAAAUCUAGUGGUAAAAAGAAGUAGUAGUGAAACUAUAGUAGAGAAUGAUAGUAGAGAAGCUGUUUCAACCCCAGAGGAUCAAAAUGUUGCCAGCUCGUCAAAGGAGGUACGAGUGAAUGGAGAAAGUUCCAGUGAGCCAAUCGACCUUCGUUGUAGAAAGGAUAAAGCCGAACCCUUGUCGGAUAAGUUGGAAAUGCCCAACGUUUUUCACUGCAGUGCUUGUAACAUUCAAUACAACAAGCACGAGAACUACAUCGCUCACAAGACGUACUACUGUCAGGCGACGACUGUAGUGGGUCAGACUGCAGCAGAUAGUGGUACUCCAGACCCUAUGUCUCAUCAGGCAGGACUGGGGGAGGGAAGAAGGAGUUCUCCAUUGCAGACGGGUGCUGCAGCCACCGCUUCUUCGCCUGGCAGCCCCAACGCAGCAGGGCCCAACCAGCAGCCGCCGUUCAUGUGCUUCUGUCGUCAGUCCUUCCGCACGCUGGAGGAGCUGGAGUCCCACGACUGUGCGCCGUUCCAGUGCCCGUACUGCCAGUUCUCCGCCCGGACGUGUAGCGCCCUGAUGGUGCACGUGAAGGGUCACUGCGAGAGCCAGCUGUUCAGGUGCUCGCUCUGCGCCUUCACCGUGGCCGACAUGUCCGCGCUGAUGGAACACUGGAAGGACCAGCACGCCAAACCGGAAGACGAGCCGGAUACAGCCGACGUCCGCCAGACCAAACGGGACGACACUCGCAGCAACAGCAGCUCCUCCCCCGACGAACAUAUAGAUAUACACAACAGCACUCAGUACAAGGGGCCCAGCCCUACAAAUACCUCUCCAAAGAAACCAGAAGAAGCAGUUCAGACAAUAGUGAAACAGGAGCCAUAUGAUCCGGGCUACCCAGAGACCUCCGCUUCAUGCAGUACUAGCAACGUGGACCUACCCGACAGAUCAACAGCUCCCAGCGACAGUCCAGGCAAGUCCACGGAGAAAGUCCACCCCCAAGCUAGCCCUGGACCUGCCCAGUAUCACCUCAGUAGCAUGAUAGGUAAGACUAACGUGAUUCGGCACAGUUCUGCAGCCCUCAGAAGGGGACCCGUGUGCACAAAGUACUGUCGUUCCUGCGAUAUCAGUUUCACCAACCUCUCCACUUUCAUCGCACACAAAAAAUUCUACUGUGCCUCUCACGCCGGUGAAAACAUAGUCAAGUAGACACAGGACUGACUGCAGGUAUUGUGGGACCAAUGAAACAUAAUACUAGUAUGUAAAAAUCACGACAAGAACCACUGUUUGUAUGGCUGUAUCUAGUGUCAAUCUAACGUGUCAAAAUUUGUAUUAUGUGAUAAAGUUAAUGCAGACCCAGACAAAGCCAAGCUGAUCAUGAGUGUGAAUAAUAGUUAGAACAUGUACACUUGAACCCAAAAUCUAAAUAUUUGUUGUUUGCUGGUCCAGUGACAGCUCUGUCGAUAUUGUUUUAUUAUUUUUGAAAUGGUAAUUUAUGUUGUAUCAAUUUUACCACAGAGUGAAUGUUUUACUCAUAGAAAUAAGUUGCAAAUGAAGGACUGCAUGUGUUUAAGGCUAACACAUCACAUGUACCGGUACAACUUACUACUAUAACUUCAUCACAGAUAAUGAAUUUAU